UCAUCAUUGGUACAUCAGUAUGACAUCAGUUAUCGGCGACGGCGACGCGGGCGGCGUCGUAUUUUGAUUUCCACUACGCACGACGCGGUCGUUCCCAGCGGUCAAAGUUCUACUCAUACCGAUAUUGUACUUCUUCCGAGACAAUAUGAAACUCGACAAUUGUGGUGGGAUUAUUUGGUAUCUAAAAUAUUUCGGCCUACCUUUAGCAUUGUGCGUUACUAUGUGCAAAGUAUACAACCGAGUGUCACAGAAAAAGCGAAGGGCCACUUUACAGGGAAAGGUUGUACUUAUAACUGGGGCCAGUUCUGGCAUAGGGGAAGCAUUGGCUCAUGCUUUCUAUGAGCAAGGUAGUAGGGUUGUAUUAGCUGCUAGAAGGGAACCCGAACUUAAUAGAGUUAAAGCAGAUUUGUUAUCUAAGAAACUGUCAACUGCCACUCUUGAACCUGUUGUAAUUCGUUUGGAUCUGGCAGACCUGGAUAGUUUAGAAGGUUUUGCCAAAAAUGUACAAACUGUCUGUGGCAGUGUGGACAUUCUGAUUAACAAUGGUGGGGUGUCUCACAGAGAUUCAAUACUGCACACAAAGAUAGAUGUCGACAAACAAAUAAUGUACAUCAAUUACUUUGGUCCUGUGUGCUUAACAAAAGCUUUGCUGCCAAAGAUGGUUGAACAAAAGAGUGGUCACAUAGUAUUUGUAAGCUCUGUACAAGGAUUGAUAGCCAUCCCAGAUCGUUCUGCUUAUGCUGCAUCCAAGUUUGCCAUGCAGGCAUUUGGAGAUGCAUUGAGGUCUGAAAUGCACCAGCAUAAUGUUAAUGUCUCUGUAGUAAGCCCUGGAUAUGUCAAGACUGCAGUUUCUCUAAAUGCUCUAAAGGGCAGUGGUGAAAAGCAUGCAGUUAUGGAUCAAUCAACUGCUAAAGGGUUUUCUGCAGACUAUGUGGCAAACAGGAUUCUGGACAUGGUGGUGGCUAAAGAAAAUGAUCUAGUGAUCAGUCAGUUUCUACCAAAACUAGCAAUAUUCCUGAGACACAAUAUGCCAGGGCUCUAUCAUUGGAUAAUGACCAAAAGGGCUACCAAAACAAGUGUGCCAUAAAUGACUGUUGUCAUAGUUGGGGUUUUGAGUGUUAUCUUUAGUAUGUUAUUUAAGUUUAUCAUCAUAAGCGGGCCCACACAGAGCUUGCCGCGUCUCGGGUCAUUGCGCAGCAAACGGUCGUAGAUUUGCCGCGGCCGAGGCAGCACACUCGUAUGCGUUUCUCUCGGGACGCUGCUCGCUCUGUGCGGACUUGCCUGUGUUAUGUUUCUACCGCUUAAGUCAAUGGUUCAUGGGAACUUAUUAUACCUACAUAGUUGGUUCUAGGACUUCUGGGCACCAGUUCUAGUCAUUCGGAAUUGAUAAUAAAAAUGAAAUAUUUAAAAAGGAAUUUUGAUUCACACUAAUGUAGCAGUUAAUUGGAGACAUACAUAUUUUUUUAAAAUAAACUAGCAUUUGUCGGAUGGGAUUUAAGUUUAGUAUCCAAUUAAAUAUACAAUAAUUUAUUUC